UAGGUUUCUGCUCCGGCGCUGUAGUGUGUGUGACACAUUCAAGUUUGUUUUUGUUUACAUUCUGAUUCUUUAAACACCUACAUAAAAAAAAAAAAAAAGAUUUAAGACCGUAAAAGAUCGCUGUGUUUAGGGAUAUUGAAUCAUGGCUUGACCCUGCUACAAGAAAGUGACGUUAUUUGGGGCAUUAUUUACAGGCAGCAGUCUUUUGAAUUUGGUUUUGUGCUCUUGAUUUGCAAAUAUGCCCCUAGGGUUGAAGCCUUGCUGUAGCGUUUGCAAGACCAAUUCCUCUUCUAUGUGGAAGAAGGGCAUGCAGGGCGAGAUCCUGUGCAAUAACUGUACAGGGAAGAGCGCUAACUGCAAUAGUAGUGCCGCCACGGGAACACCCGCCUCCAUAGCACAACAAAAUACUGGCGGCGGAAAACAGUCGAAACAAGAGAGUCAUAGGCGGUCAGCGCGAUUAAGAAACACUAAAUACAAGGCCCCAGCUUCUGAGAAGAAAGUUUCUACCAAAGGGAAAGGCAGACGGCAUGUAUUCAAACUUAAAAACCCAAUUAAAGCACCAGAACCUGUAUCUACAAUAAUCACUUCUGAAUCAGUGUUUUACAAGGGUGUGUAUUACCAGGUUGGCGAUGUUAUCAAAGUGACCGAUGAAGAGGAUAGAAAGCCAUACUACGCCCAGAUCCGGGGGUUUGUUCAAGAUCAGUACUGUGAAAAGAGUGCAGCCCUGACAUGGCUCAUUCCCACCCAGGCCAGCCUCAGAGACCAGUUUGAUCCAGCUACCUAUAUAGUCGGACCAGAGGAGGACCUUCCAAGAAAAAUGGAGUACUUGGACUUUGUGUGCCACGCCCCUUCUGAAUAUUUCAAGUCUCGAUCUUGUCCCUUUCCUACCAUUCCAGUUCGACCUGAAAAGGGCUACAUAUGGACUCACAUUGGACCCAUGCCUGCCAUUGCAAUCAAAGAAUCUGUUGGAAACAGUUUGUAGCCUGGUUUAGUAGAGGUAUUCUCAGUGCCUGGACUGAUGUAUAAGAAAGUUGAAAUUGAAAAUGUUGGAAAUAGUUGCAAUUUUCUGGGACUGCAAACUGAAGCAAGGUUAGUAAAUGAUAAUUUGAGGAUAUGACAAAUAUAUAAAUACAUAGAUGUAAAUAAAUAAAACGGCUUUGCCAGGUUGUUUUUGCAUAGCCACAGUAUGCAUUCUUGUCCCAAACAAAGAUGUCACUUUCACUGUUUGUUGCCUGCAAUCCACUGAUAGCAGAAUACAAAGCUAGGCUUCAGUGUUUGCAAACUAUUGAUGGCAGAAUGCAGAGAUGGCACAUUGUAAGGUUUGGUACCUUUAGUUGGAUUACAGAAUAGAAUACAAUAAAUUAUGAGAACAUUUGAAUAAGUUGAAAUUACAAAUAUAUAUCAAUGUACUAACCAGAAGUGUCCGGUACUGCUACAGUAAUAGAGUUUUACGAGCAGAGGAAGGGGCCCAGGACUUAUUCACCCAACUGCUCUCUUAAUUGUUAGAUAUUUUCAGAAAGAGAUUUAUUUGUAAAUAAAUACAAAAUGUCUAAA